UAGAAGCAUCUGGAAUUCUGGAUGACGCAUCAGCGAAGUGAAUCCCAAAUAGCAAACGACAAUCGUCGAGAGAACACGAUUCACACACUGCCCACACCAUACCACACCAGACACCACCAUAUCGCCUUAAGUCUCCCAACAAUUUCAAUAUAACUCAUUAAUAAUUAAUAAUGAAUAAUUAAAAUCUCAUCUCAUAAUAAACUAUUCACUGAUUGAUUUAUUACACACCUACCAACAUAAAGCCUCAAUCUUAGGCACUAGCUCUGCUCAACUCUUUCUUACAACUUGCAAAACAAGACAAGGCAGUGCACAACCAGAAUCAACCACUGAGCAAGCUUUUAUCGAAGAAAAUGUUGACGCUGAAGGGAGGAACAAGGCCGCCAUGGGUGAGCCUAGGAGCCUCUGUGUGGGUCCAAAUAGCCUCCGGGAACACGUUCACGUUCCCUCUCUACUCCCACUCGCUGAAAUCGGUUCUUGGAUUCAACCAGCGUCAGCUCACAUUGCUCGGUGUGGCCAACGACAUCGGCGAGAAUGUCGGCUUGCUCCCUGGCCUCGCCUGCAACAAGUUCCCGCCUUGGGCCAUCCUCCUCGUUGGUUCUCUCGCCUCCUUCCUCGGUUACGGACUCAUCUGGCUCGCCCUUAGUCAAACCCUUAAAUCCCUCCCGUACUUGCUGCUAUGGUCUGCCCUCGUUAUUGCUGCCAACAGCAGUGCAUGGUUAACCACAUCCGUGCUUGUAACCAACAUGAGAAACUUCCCAGUUAGCAGAGGCAAGGUUUCUGGAAUUCUGAAAGGCUACGGAGGGCUUAGUGCUGCAGUUUUUACUGAAAUUUACAGCAUAGUGCUUCAUAAUUCUUCCUCGCACUUCGUGUUGUUCCUUGCCAUUGGUAUUCUUGUUGUGUGCUGCACUAUGAUGUUUCUUGUUAGGCCUUGUACCCCGGCUUCUGUUGAAGAUGCGACAGACAAUUGGCAUUUUCUAUUUAUCCAGUGUUCUAGUGUGGUCUUGGGUUUAUAUCUUCUCGCAACUACAAUUUUCGGUAACAUUCUUCCAUUUAGUGGUACACUUUCUUAUAUUCUAGUGGCCGUGAUGGUUCUUCUUCUGAUGGCUCCACUUGCAAUCCCUUUAAAGAUGACGAUAUGUCCAAGGAGAGAAUCUGAUUCAGACUCACCUGAUCGGCAAGUUGGAUCCUCCGACUCUAUCACUGGAAAUGAUGGAAAAACAGAACCACUGCUAGCAUCUUCAUCUGCUGGAACCCUUGGAAGUUUUUAUGAUCAAGAUGAUUCAUCUGAGGUGGCCAUGCUUCUUGCUUUGGGUGAGGGAGCUGUAAAGCAGAAGAAGAGAAAGCCUAAACGUGGGGAAGAUUUUAAGUUUACUGAGGCUGUAAUAAAGGCUGAUUUCUGGCUACUAUUUUUCGUGUUCUUUGUUGGUGUUGGCACUGGGGUUACUGUUCUGAAUAAUCUGGCCCAAAUAGGUAUUGCACAAGGUGAGGAAGAUACCACAACCUUAUUGUCAAUUUUCAGCUUUUGUAAUUUCGUUGGACGGCUUGGUGGGGGAGUUGUUUCAGAACAUUUUGUCAGGACAAAAACAAUCCCAAGGACAGCCUGGCUGACAUUCACACAGAUAAUUAUGCUCAUUGUAUACCUUCUGUUUGCCUAUGCUGUCAACGGAACCCUUUAUCCUGCCGUUGCCCUUCUUGGUGUCUGCUAUGGUGUGCAAGUUUCUGUGAUGAUCCCCACAGUUUCCGAGCUUUUCGGUUUGAAGCACUUUGGUGUAUUGGGUAAUGUCAUGUCACUAGGAAAUCCACUCGGAGCAUUCCUUUUCUCAGCCCUUCUUGCAGGGUAUGUAUAUGAUACCGAAACGGCAAGGCAGGAAGCUCUAGGCCUCAUUGCUUCCGGUGCCUCAUGUUUGGGUCCAAAUUGCUUCCAGUUGACCUUUUUCGUUCUUUCGGGUGUAUGUGCCGCUGGCAUCAUCUUGAGCAUUAUUCUGACUUGGAGAAUCAAGCCGGUUUACCAAAUGCUUUAUGCUGGUGGUUCUUUCAGGCUGCCUCAAACUUCUUCAAGUCACUGAUAAGUAGUAAGGUUUCCUGCAAUGAAUAAAGCAUAGCUUUUCCUUUAGUCUUAUUUUUAUACCUGUUGCACUGGCGGCUGGUGUUCCCCAUUAGUGCAGAUCGUUCAAUGCAUACAUUGUUGAGAAAGUGAUGAAUCAGUAACGUAUUUAGAAAAUCUACAUCGUUCAAACAUUUCUCAUCUUCAGGGGACAGGGGACUCCAAAUUUUGGCACUUACAUAGGCAAGUGUAUAAUAAAGUCCAGUGUUUUUUGUAUUUUAUAUGUACAAUGCUUACUAUGGCAAGUGUGUUAGGCUCAAGAGACGAUACUAGCCAUUGAGAAGUGAGAUUAAGGUAUAUGACAUGAUAUGGCCUAAUUUUUAUGCAAUUAUUAAGCUCUAUAUGUAUGUCUUUUAUCAAGUAUAAUGUAGCUUGAUAUAUGAAUAUUCUACUAAGUUGAAUCUAUGCUUUAUGUACUUUA